GUGUUUGACAUUCGAAAAAAGACGAAACAGAAAGUUGCGCGUUGAUUAUGUUUUAUGCAGCGAUUCGGAUAUCAAUUCCCCAAAUUGGAAUUCAACGCCCAAACUCACAACCCUAACUUCUGCGUCUGUGUGCGUCAAACCUAAGCAAUCUCAAUGGUUUUCUACUUCAAAGCUCGCCCUGAAGCUGGCGAUUACACCAUCUUCAUGGGUCUUGACAAGUUCGAGAACGAGGAACUCAUCAAAUAUGGUUUUAUCGAAGAUAUCUGGUUCCAUGUUGAUAAGAUGUCUUCAGCCCAUGUUUAUGUCAGGCUGCACAGAGGUCAGACUAUUGAUGACAUGAGUGAAGGGUUAUUGGAAGACUGUGCUCAACUUGUCAAAGCAAAUUCAAUUCAGGGGAAUAAAGUAAACAACGUUGACGUUGUUUACACUCCCUGGUCCAAUUUAAAGAAAACUGCUUCGAUGGACGUUGGUCAAGUUGGUUUUCACAGCUCAAAAAUGGUGCGAACAGUGAGAGUUGAGAAGAAGAUAAAUGAGAUUGUUAACAGGCUAAACAAGACGAAGGUGGAAAGAAAACCUGAUUUGAAAGCUGAGCGAGAAGCAGUGAAUGCAGCUGAAAGAGCUGAGAGAAAACAUCAACUGAGAGAAAAAAAACGCCGUGAGGAAAUGGAAAGACUCGAAAAGGAGAAACAAUCAGAGCUUAGGAGCUACAAGGGUUUGAUGGUUGCAGAAAAAAUGACAUCCAACAAAGAUAUUGCAUCAGGAAGCAAAUCAUUCCAGGAAGUGGAGGAGGAUUUCAUGUAAGAUUGAUUAUUGGCUUAUAGACAGAUGAGUGGUGGUCAUCCUGCUGCCGUGAUUAAAUAACCCAACUGGAAUCUGAAACUGUACAUUGUCUUGGUUAAGGAAACCAAGUGGUGUGUACCCAAAUGUGAUUUAGGGAUAAAGAAAAGAAAGAAUAGGGAAGGUUGAAUGCAAUGAUUGGUGUUUCGUACCUUGUGACGAUGGUUUUUACUUUAUUGUUCUCACAGUCGAGUCAAAAACUGAUGUUUCUUGCUAUAAUUUCACAAGUCUUUGUUAGGCUUGUCGGGUUUUAAAUUGUUUAUUGGAAAUUGUGAACUGUGCGAGAAAUUAUUAGGGCAUUUUGUAGUAUUCAUGGUACUGGCAGAGAAGCUUUUUUAUUUUUGA